AUGAUUGGGUCAAAGAAUAAUGCGACUGUUAGUUCUACUGCCGCCACUGUCGCUGGAGCUGACACUGAUAAUGAACUGAAAUUACAAUCUAACAUUAUUGCUGGCAAAUCUCAAUCUGCUCAAGCACCAGUAAUUUCUCCUUUAGAAUUCGAGAAUUUUGUUCCAUGGGUGUGUAAACAAUGGUGUACUUCUACUGCUAUUCUGAUCACUCGAAAAACGCAAGGACAAGAAAAUCAGACGAGAAAAUCAAUUACUAUCAAAGCAAAAAGUUUGGUUUUUGGCAAUGGCUCCAAACCUAGAAUAAAUGACGAAUUUUCAUCUCUGGGCUGUGUACAAAUUGAAUCGAAAAAGAACUUGCUCGUGUUUAGUGAACAAGUGGUCCCGAUUACAACUUAUUAUGACGCCAAAAAGCGACUUAUAGAAAUAGCCUUUCUCGAAUGCAAAGUUCACUUGUCUAGGAAAAUUAUCCACGCCAUAAGUCUCGCCGUACCUUACCAUUCCACACUGACCCGUUUCACUUUCCGUAGAAGUAAAUUGACUUGUGAUAUAAUUUACGAAAUAAGUAAAUUGCUUCCUAUUUCAAAUAUAACUGAAGUUUGCUUAGAUGAUUCUGAAGUAAAAGAAGGCAAUUACUAUGUUCUUCUCGAACAGUAUUCUCAAUUGAAAUAUUUGUCGCUUAAUAGAUGCAACAUUAAUGAUGCAAUUUGUAAGAAGAUUUUCACAAAUAUUGAUUUUGGCGCCCCAGCUGCUACUACCCUACAACUUUUGGAUUUGGCAUGUAACGAAAUAACUGAUGAAGGCGCCAAGUUUAUAGGACAGGUGCUCAGAUUAAAUAGAUGUUUGAUGCAUCUUAAUUUGUCAGGAAAUAGAAUCACCGAUGAGGGCUUUCGACCUAUAAUAGAAUCUUUAAUGGAAUUUCCUUUAAAACCGGAUGAUAUUAUGACAAUGAGACGCAGAAAAAUUACACACAUACAAAGUAAAAUGAGUGUGUACUUAAGAUGUCUUACGGAUUUAAAGUAUGGGAAAGGGCCAGAGCCACUAGAAGACCUGGACAACAGCACAUGUGAGAGGAAAACGCUUACGAAGCGCUUACGCAAAAAAAGUAAAAAGACAACACUACACCAAAGUGCAGAAGAUGUAGCUGAUGUGAUGACUCAAGGAAUAGUAGGUGAUUUUUAUGAUCCUUUCGCAUCUGAUAAUUUGGUUUAUAAAGACGAUGUUGCCUACUGCAUGGGGAAUUUCAUACUAUGUUACUUAAAUCUGGCUUAUAACAAUCUAGAAUUUCCAUCCGUUCAGAGAAUCCGUCAUGCCCUAGCCUAUCAGGACGAGGUGACUAAGGUACGGAAUGAGACUGGACUGAUUAGAGUGGUAUUAGAUGGGAACUACAUUCCACAAAAUUGUGACGAGCUGGACGAAAUCGAUAUAUAUUUAAAAAAGGCGAUAUUUUUGAGAAACCAUACCAGAAAGACGAAAGUGUCAUCUUCUACGAAACGGUUGUGUAGUUCCACAAAAUGUUCCACUUCUUUUGAAGAAAAGAUGUAG